GCUUCCGACACGGAAGGAUGUGGCCGCCGCAUUGUGGGGCCCUUCGGAGCUUGUCCUUGUCCUUAGCCUUGGCACGAUCACAGGGAACUCGGACCUAUAGUAAGGACAGGGAUGUCGCCUACACGCAGGGCCAGAGCCCGGAACCACGGACCCGCGAGUACUUUUACUACUUGGAUCAUCAGGGCCAGCUCUUUCUGGAUGAUUCCAAAAUGAAGAACUUCAUCACCUGCUUCAAAGACCUGCAGUUCCUGGUCACCUUCUUCUCCCGCCUGAGACCCAAUCACAGCGGGCGCUACGAGGCCUCUUUCCCCUUCCUCUCGCCCUGUGGGCGAGAGCGCAACUUCCUGCGCUGCGAGGAUCGGCCGCUGGUCUUCACACACUUGCUGACAAAGGGUGACGGGUCUUCUUGCCUCUCCUACUGCGGCGGGGGCGAGGCCCUGGUCGUGCCCUUCGAGCCAGAGCGCCUGCUGCCCCUGGCGGCCAACGGGCGCCUGUACCACCCAGCCCCGGAGCGCGCGGGCGGCGUAGGUCUGGUACGCUCUGCCCUGGCCUUCGAGCUCAGCGCCCACUUCGAGUACCCGCCCGGCGACCCCACGCUGCCCUCGCACGUACGCUGGCGGGGCCGCCGGCUGGCCCUUACCUUGGACUUGGCCCCACUGUUCACUUCGGCCCAGCAGUUCUGACUCGCAGCUGGCGCACCCCCCACAGCCUCCCGCUCCUUCCCAGUCCUCCCCAAGAGCUCUCUGGAUUGGCUUGCGCGGGCGACGUCAGCCCGGGACAGCAGGCGGGGCCCCGGUGCGCGUGCGCGCCCUCCCCUCCCUCCCAGUUGCUGCUCCGGCCCAGCUGUCACUGGCACCGCGGGGAGCCGCACGUCGCGGGAGCGUCAGGUGAGCGGGCCCUCGGGGGACCAAGGUCGCCAGUCUUGGGGACGCAAUCCAGGCACUAUCUCACGUCCGACCUGUGGGCACGGCGCGAAGGGCGUGCAGACCCGUGAGAUAGAGGGAGCGUGGAGGCCACGCCCUCUGACGGGCCCAGGACCCACUGGUGGAGGAUGCGGACCGGGAAGGUCGAGCGGGACCCAGGUGCCAGGUCCUAAGUGCUGACGCGAGAUACUGCUCGGCGGGCGCAUAGCCCACUCCGUCCCUUCUACCCAGAUUGGUGCCUGGGAUGCUGACGCCCUGCCCCCGCCCAGCCGGAUUAGGGGGCUUUCCACUGGUAAAAGGAUUUCCAGGCUCUUCUCUCCUGAGGCCCUUGUUCCUGCCCCACGUCUCUUCUACACCAGUGUGCACGAAGGGGGUCCGCGUAAGCAGCAGCGCCGAGCCUGAGGAAACCAUGGUUUUGCUGCUGAUGGGCGGGCGGGCAAGUCCUGGAGUCAGGGCCCACCCCUUCAGGCUCAGAAAGGUGACUCCCAGGACCCCAGAUAAUGCUCCCAGCUUCCUGAAGCUCACAUGGAUUGUGAGACACCUGGGAACUGCUGCUGUCUGAGCCAAAGCUGUUCUAUUAAAACUUUAUUGCUGCACUUA